UCUUCAAAUCCAAGCAAAUCCAGGGGUGGUGGGGGAAAAAAAGGAGUAAAAAAAAAAAAAAAAAAAACAAGGCCAUGGGUUACUUGCUGAAGACCGACACCGACGACAACCUAAUCUCGCCUUCGCGAGAUGCUCAUCGACUUCGUUCCACCGUCGCCGGUCUCCCUCGGCCGACGCCCCCGCUUCGUCAAAGCCCCCGGGGCCCCCGCCCACGUGGCCAUCGCCGUGUCCCGCCUCGGCGGGCGAUCGGCGUUCAUCGGGAAGCUCGGCGACGACGACUUCGGCCGCAUGCUGGCGGGAAUCCUGAGGGAGAAUGGGGUUGACGACGGCGGGGUCGUGUUCGACGGCGGCGCCAGGACGGCGCUGGCGUUCGUGAGCUUGAGGGAGGACGGGGAGAGGGAGUUCAUGUUUUACAGGCAUCCUAGCGCUGACAUGCUGUUGGAUGUUCGGAGCUUGAAUUUGGAUCUCAUUAGAAAGGGUACAAUCUUUCACUACGGCUCAAUCAGUCUGAUCGCAGAGCCAUGUCGGUCUGCCCAUCUAAAAGCCAUGGAGGUCGCAAAAGCAGCAGGAGCUCUCCUCUCCUACGAUCCGAACCUGCGAGUUGCCCUCUGGCCAUCGCCAGAGGAGGCUCGGACCCAAAUCAUGAGCAUCUGGGGCCAGGCUGACAUUAUCAAGAUCAGCGACGUAGAGCUGGAGUUUCUGACCGGUCAUGAAGGGGUUGAUGAUGAUGUGGUGAUGAAAUUGUGGCGUCCAGAGACGAAGCUCUUGUUGGUGACCCUCGGAGCCAACGGUUGUCGAUACUACACCAAGGAUUUCAUAGGGACCGUAAAAUCAAUUGCAGUCAAGCCAGUAGAUACAACGGGCGCAGGCGACGCAUUUGUUGGUGGAAUGCUCCAUAGAAUCGCAGCAGAUCGAUCUGCAUUGCAAGAUGAGAAGAAAUUGAGAGAAGUGUUGAGAUUUGCAAAUGCUUGUGGAGCCAUUACCACCACAAAGAAAGGAGCAAUCCCCGCAAUGCCAAAUGAGGCAGAAGCUCUGGCGUUUUUGGCAAGGGUUUAAAGGAAUCAAACAUGUCUUUAACAUUCCUUCAUGUGUUCUUAUAGCUUGUUGUAAUUUAGGCCAAUCAUAAGUUUUAAUCUUUGCACCUUUCUCCCUUUAUGUUUUUCUGUCUCUUGCCUCUUUUUUGGGCCAAAAGAAUGUGCAGCAGAUCAAAAUGUAAUGUAUAAUGAAACAUAAUUUUGGUUCAAUCUACAUUAUUCUCAACCUCAUUUGAGUUUCUUUA